AUGACGGAAGUGUGGGAGGCCGUGGCCGCCACCAGACAUCACAAGAAGCUCUCUGAAGAUGAAGCAGCCGCCCUCAAGGACUCGUGCUCCAAAACCCAUCAACACCAACACAUAGCACAAUGCGCCGAGUGCUGCGGUCGCCUUCUCGACCAGGUCGCGAUGCGCUACACAAAGUCCCCCGACCUGGCCUGGCUCACGGCGCAGCGGAACCUACCCGAGGACCUCGAGAAGCUGUUUGCGAGAGCCAAGCAGAACCCGCGGGAGCUCGACGCCGUCGAGAGGCGGCUCAACGACGCGAAGCGAGACUGGGCCCGCGGCAGGAUACAGACCUCCAAAGUGAUCCGGCGGCUCGUCGACGAGGCCGGGCACGCGCAGCUGCUGGAGAAGCUGCGGGAUGAGAGCAUCUCGCUCGAUGCGGCGCUUGGCGAGAUCGACAACGUCCUGAGCGGGCGCGCGUCCGCCCCGGCCCGGGAUCUCGACGUCGCCCUGGAGAAGCUCAUCGCGGCGCAGAGUCCUCUGCAGCGGCAGGAGGUGCACAGGGAGGUGCUCAACGCCACCGCCGACGGCCCCCUGGACGCCUUCAUGGAUCAGAUGCUGGACAGGUUGGCGGCGAGCAAGGCAUCCAAGGAGGUCAAGGACAAACACCUUCGCAGGCUGGACGAGCUCCGUCGGGCGCAGACGGCACACCUCAAGUCUAAAAAGAAGAAGAAGGCUAAGAACCGGAAGCCGGACGAGGGGGAGAAGCCGCCGUCUCUGGAAGUACCGCCCUGCACCACGUGCGCGACGCUUCCGGAUCCCAAGUCCUUCAUCUCGUGCACUCUAUGUCUAGUGCGAUCGAGCGCGUGCGGUCAGGGGCCGCCCGCAGUAUUUUGCACAGAUGCGUGCUACGAAGUGGGAUUUGAUGACCACGUCAACGAGGCGCACAUUUGUUCUUCCGGAGACGACUGCAUACAGCUACGCAGGGCGGACGACGAAGACAUGUCUGGUGUCGAAACGCAGAUCGUCCUCUGCAGUGAUUGCCUGGGACCAACCAAGACUCUGACCAGCUACUGCUCCGAGACGUGCGCCGAGAUGAAUUUCGAUCGCCACCAAAACGCCAUGCACAAGCACGAAUCACCAAGCCAGGACGGUGCUGCUGCAUCCAGGAAUAAGUCGAGAAAUAUAGAGGAUCAUGUCGUGCCGUUGAGUCAAGUAUUGGCGGACAUGGAGCAGAGAAAUGGGAUCACGAUGAAGGCGAUGAGCUAG